GGCUCAGAUUCAUUCAAGGAGGCGGAGGGAAGCGCACACAAGUUUACUACCACCGCAGCAGCAGUGGAGUUUAAGUUAUCCUCCAGCACCGAAAACUAAGCGAAAACAAAUCUGCUGUUUAAACACCAGCGAGGGAGCAGGAGUUAGAAACAGGAUCUAUCCCAGUCAGAGGUGGUGUGUGUUACCUCCCAGUGGUCCUCUCCCAACGCUGAAAAAUGAGUCUGAGCACCAGUGAGCUGGAGGACCUGUGGGAGUCGCUGGGGUACCUCAACUUCUCCGAGGGCUUCAGCAACAUAUCGAGUGUGGAUGCAAUGGUGUGCGCCACCGCUUUCAACCGCAACGCUCUGCUCUACUCCAUGUGUGUCCUCUACACUUUUAUCUUCAUCAUCGGCCUGGCUGCUAACGCUCUGGUCCUCUGGGUGAAUGUCCGCGCGCAGAGAGUCGCCACCCCUCGCCAUGAGACACACAUGUACAUCGUCCACCUGGCAGUUGCAGACCUGUGUGUGUGCGCCACCCUGCCUGUGUGGGUGAGCUCGCUGGCCCAGCACGGCCACUGGCCCUUCGGGGAGGUGGCGUGUAAACUCACGCACCUGAUGUUCUCCGUCAACCUCUUCAGCAGCAUCUUCUUCCUGGCUUGCAUGAGCGUGGACCGCUACCUGAGUGUGACACAGCACAGAGACAGCGAUGGAGGCGCGCGCAGGAAAUUAAUCCGCUACGGAGCGUGUGUAGGGGUGUGGCUUCUGGCUCUGGUGGCCUCCCUGCCUGACACCUACUUCCUGGGCACUGUGAAGUCAACACAUGGGGACUCCAUGCUGUGCAGGCCUGUGUAUCCAGAGGAAAACCCCAGGGAGUGGAUGGUGGGCGUGCAGCUGAGCUUCAUCCUGCUGGGCUUUGUUCUCCCCUUCCCUGUCAUUGCAGUAUUCUACGCCCUGCUCGCCAAUGCUUUCACCCGCUCCUCUCCUUCUUCAUCGUCUUCCACAGUGGAGCAGGAGCGCCGUGUGAGCCGCAGGGUGAUCCUGGCGUACAUCGUGGUGUUCCUGGGCUGCUGGGGGCCCUACCACGGCGUCCUCCUGGUUGAUGCCCUAUCCCAGCUGGGCCUGGUGCCUCUGACUUGCGGCCUGGAGAACGUGAUCUACGUCGCCUUACACCUCACCCAGUGCCUGUCCUUGCUUCACUGCUGUUUCAACCCCAUCCUCUACAACUUCAUCAACAGAAAUUACCGCUAUGACCUCAUGAAGGCUUUCAUCUUUAAAUACUCCACGAAGACGGGCCUGGCACGCCUCAUCGACGCGUCCAACAUGUCUGAGGCUGAAUACUCUGCUGUAGCUGUAGACAACCCACCACAGAUCUGAAACCUACAAGACUCAAAAAACAUUUCCUGAACACUGUUUAUAAAUCCUAAUGACUAUAAUGCAAUGUAAACUGAUGUUAAAACUGAUUUGUUCUUAUCAGAAUUUGUCCGCUAUCAGCAUCAUGUUUGACAUUAGUUGGCAGUGAAGAGGCCAAUCCUGCAGUCUUUGUACAUAAAUCUUCCUGAGUCAUGUAGAAAAGCUUGAAAGCCAGCCAAUGUCAACUUUACUGGACUGAUAACAGCACUUAGAAAGCAGUUUUAUCAUAACUGAAAUUAUAUGAAUAUUGUCACUCAUUUGUAAAGCCAAAACAGUGGCUGUAAAUGUGUUAAAUCAUAGCUUGUACUGUGUAUGUAAGAUUGUAUUGUGUGUGUGUGUGUGUGUGUGUGUGUGUGUGUUAGAGUGUGUGUACAUCUGACAGGCAUUGAACAUGGAUAGUAUCAGCGUAAUAUUGUUAAUCUUUUUUUUUUAUAUGAAAUUGUAUUUAUAUUCUGUACAUUUUAACUGUUUUGCCUCUUUUGUAAAUCAAAGUCUUCACACACUGAUGCCCGCUCAGUGCUCAACUUCAUACAACGCUGCUUCGUCAUUUUAGUCGAGCCACUGACUGGCUCAGUGUGUCAGUCCUGCUGUCUCGUUGUUAAUCAAAACCUCAUGUCACGUUAGUUGAAUCCUUCAGACAAAUUAUUUAAAUCAGUUUUGAGUCUCUCCUGCAGCAAAUGUUUGUAAGUGAUCUAAAAAGCGUGUGUUCUGUGUUAAGUUAAAAGAAUAGUUCGACUUUAUUGGAAGUUUUGCAAAGUUAGAUACCACUCUCAUAAAUUUGAAGCUACAGCCAGCUGCUGAUACGCUCAGCUUAGUAAAAGGACUGAAGAGAGCUUGCCAAAAAGGCAAAAAAAUCUGUUUAUGAACUCAUCCAAAGCUCUUACAUAACACGUUAUAUUUGUUUGCUUAAUAAGUACAAACACAACUUUUCAGGUAGGAUUAUGUGCUGGAUUACAUUUUGGCUUUACACAGUGACUUUCAGUCUUUACGCCAAGUUAAACUAACAUAAUUGCAUGCUGGCUGCAGAUUCACAGCAUACUAACAUAAGAGUGGCGCUAUACUGACCCACUCAUCUAACUCUCUGCAAGAAAGCAAACAAGCAUAUUUCCAAAAUGAUCAGCUAUUCCUUUAAAGAAGGUCAAGAUGUUGGGCUUGCAAAUGAUUCAGGUCGUAUGUAAGUCCAUUUUCUUUUGGUUCUAAUUAUUACCAAACAUUGUCUGGGGGCUUCAGCUGGGACUACUGAGCUUAAAGAGCAGAUAGAUGUAGCUCCAGCAUCUUCUUAAAUGUACAGCAUUACGUAAUUGUGCUGUUACUAUAUUAUUCAUCAGUGCUAAUAGUAGUAAGGAUGUCCAUGUGGUAUUAAUCCUGCUGUGUCAGCACGAAGGCCACAGACGUCUCAAGCUUUUAUGACCAAAUAACAUGAAUGCAUAGCUUCAGUACUCUCAUGUAAGCAGCAGCUGUGGUGUGUACCAACCAAGUGUUUAUUAGGGACCAAAUGUGUGUGUGUGUGUGUGUGUGUGUGUGAGUGUGUGUGUGCCACAGCUUGACACCAAGAGCGGAUGUUUUCUGUUUCAUUAACAAUGAGUUAUACAGUUUACUCACUGUCUGUUGUAGGGAACAACAUAAUCUUUUGAUACGCUGACAUAGAGCACAUUGUGCCAUGUGAUUGGUUACACAUGUAAGCUUUUACACUGAAAAGAUUUCAUGUUGCGAUCAGAAAAAAACUGGAGACACGAACAUGUGUCUACAAGAACAGAGGCAUUCCUUUGGUAAUGUAAUGUGUAACAUGUGUUUUGAUAUAUAUAUAUUAAAUACAGAGAAAAUG